AUGCAUCUGAAUAGGAUAAUUCUUUCAUGUUCUUUUCGUCGGCUGCGAUUCUCAUUGAAUCAUGUUCGGACACUCUAUACAGCUCAAGCAGAAUCAUCUCCACUUCAAAUCUAUCGAAAUAAAAUCCAAGCGUACGAGUUACGUGCUGAUCCACGUCAAGAACAGUUGAUGACUAUGCUGGAUAAGUUAUAUUAUGAUCUUCAAGUUUAUGAGCCUGAAACGCGGCAGAUCGAAACGACGACUCUAUCAGAUAAAAAGAAAAACAUAUUAUCGAAAUUAACGAAUGUAUUUAAAACAUCGACGAAUACAAGUGAUUUUGUUGACAGACCUAAAUCGUUGUAUAUAUAUGGUGGUGCCGGGUGUGGGAAGAGUUUACUGAUGGACAUUUUCUAUGAAUGUGUGCCGAUUAAAGAAAAACGACGAAUUCAUUUCAAUAGUUUCAUGUUGGAAUUUCAUAAUCGUAUGCAUCGCGUUCGAAGUAACAACGCCGCAGUAUCUGAUAAUCUUCUUGGUAGUGUAGUUGAAGAAUUGUUGAAUGAAAUCUGGCUCUUAUGUUUCGAUGAAUUCAUGGUUUUGGAUAUUGGUGAUGCAAUGAUUAUCAAACGGUUGUUUGAACAUUUGUUCGCUAAGGGUAUGGUUAUGGUUGCAACAUCAAAUCGGCCGCCAGACGAUUUAUAUUAUCGAGGAUUGAAUAGAGAAUAUUUCGUACCGUUUAUCCCAUUUCUACACCAAAUGUGUGCCGUGCAUAACAUGGAUUCAUCAACUGAUUAUCGUUUAAUUGGUACUCAGGGACAUGUGCAAACUGUGUUCGACGCUCGUCGGCCAGAAACCGCAUCGGAAAUCGAUGCACUCAGUUCACGUCUAAUUGCACCAUAUGAACCUCAGCCUGGUACACUUGAUGUCAAUGGUCGGGACAUUACGGUGCCAUGGCAAGCACGUGGCGUGGCCAAAUUUUCAUUUGAACAAUUGUGUGGUCAUGAAUUUUAUUCAGCGGAUUACAUCGCGAUUGCUUCUACAUAUCAUACAUUGAUUUUAACUGAUAUACCCAAGUUAAGUCUAGAACAACGUGAUCGCAUUCGACGGUUUAUUAUUCUCGUUGACGAGUUAUACAAUAAUCAUACAAAAUUGAUUCUAUCUAUGUCUGUGGAUACAGUGAAAGAUAUCUUCAAUCCGUUGAAAGAUAAUCCACAACUAAAACGUGAAGAUCUCUUAACUAUGGAUGAAUUUCAUUCAUUCGAUCGGACUUUAUCGCGUCUAAUUGAAAUGCAAUCGAAAGAAUAUUUAGCUAAACCAAAACGCUUUGGUAACAGCACAAAAUCUCCCGAUGAAUGGUCACAAUUACAAUCGUAG